UUACAGUUUUUCAAGAUGAUUUCUCGCAUACAGGUCGCUGUUUUCGCUAUUCUCAUGUUGUGUGAAGCCAAUGCACAAGAUUUUAAUUGUGGAAAUGAUCAGCGGUUCUGUUUCUGGUCCCGGACAAUUCCAUCAAAUUGGAUUACUGCAUACACUGAUUGCACACAAACGGGAGGGUCGCUCGUCUCUUCCGAGUAUUCCGCUUACAUCGAAGAAUGGAUGUCUUCCGUGAAUAUUAGCUUCGCUAGUGGUCGAAUGUGGUCUAGUCUCCAUCGAAUUAACCACCGUUUUCAAUUCCUUCAUCACCAACCGGAAUUCCUACCAAUCGCUCCAUCUGAAUGGGUACCAGGACAUCCGUUACUUCAGUGGUUCCCCAAACGGGACUGCGUUGUUGUUAACCACCGGAUGCUGUACGAAUCUGUAGAUUGCAAUAGUACAUUUCCUUUUAUAUGUGCCAUCAGUAUCAACAGGAAAAACGAGCGCAACAAUCUCGAACUCCCACGAAGGGUUAUCCGAGUUAAACUGGAGGCGGAUCAGAAAAGCUUUCAACAGAGAAUCGUCACGAAUCACCUGGAAGUUGAUCGAAAUGAAACAAAUUUGAUGCUCAGAUGUAAGGUUACUUAUAAUGGGACUAGGAAGUUGGAGUAUUCCUGGAUCAAGGAUGGCGUUUUCUUGAGACAAUACCAAAAGGUCUUAAUCCCUGCAUUGGUUCACGACAAGAGCAAAUCGGUUUCGGACGGAGGCACGCACUCCAUUUACCAAAAGCAAGGGACUUACCAAUGCCAGGUUAAAGAGUUUGGCGCCGUGGAGGUAACGACAUCAAAUGCAAUAAUUGUAACAUAUCGCAGAGUGCUGAAUGGGAUCGUUUCAAUAACCGUGUCCAAUAUAACAAAUAAUUCCGUGAACAUUGACAACAUUAUGGGAAACGUGCGAGAUUUCAUCCACGAGAUCGUUCUCGGUAAUCAUUUAAAACUUAAAGACGUUGUAACCUCCUGGGAUCCAUUAUAUUCUCAACACCUCAGAUCAGGUGUAAUAGAAUAUCGAUGUUCGUUGUACGUUGACAUUGCUAUACAAUACCCGGACACAACCUUGUACCACUGCUUAGACGUUAUCAGUGAAAAAGUCGGUAACAGUUCACAGCUACGUAGUCAGUUGCAAGUUGAGAAUAUUACUGUCCAAUGGGCAACUUACUGCCCUCGAGAAAAAGUUACAAUUUCCGCUCCUAACACUUCAAAUGAGUUGUUUUGGCCGCCUUCUUGGCCCGCUCCAGUUUUCCACCCGAUCAGCGGAAAGACCUUGUGUGUUUAUGAAAACAACCGCGCAGAACUGUUAACCCGGCAAUGUUUACCAGAAUUUUCGCAAGGUGCAUCAUUAACAUCGCUUAACGUAAAGAAAUGUGCACGGUUCAUCACAGAACACGAGACUCGUUGUAGACAUGAUUACCAGUGGAUGGAGAGUAUGCAACUGUGCUUUAAAGUUACAGAAAGCGGAUCUUGGAAUGAAACUAUGGCUGUCUGCAUGAACGAAUGGCCCUUAAAUGACACAGAAGCUAUAAACUACACUACCCACCAUUCUCUAGUUAAGCACCUGCAGGGGGCUAAAAAUGAUCAAGAGAUGUGGCUUCCUGUUCGUCGAUCUUCCGUUUACGGACCUUUCCUUUAUUAUUCGUCAGUUAACUAUGCCCCUGAAAGCAUAACCUGGACGGCUGAAAUCGAAACCUGGAGAGGUCUGAUAGAUGAAGAUGAAUGCGUACUACUUACUCAGAACAAAACUGCUGGAACUACUUCUGAAAACAAAGUAUCCUCCUGUACCCAAAAGGCGAUACCGGGUGUCUGUGCUUAUCGACCUAGCCUUACCGUCUCAUCGUAUGCAUCCAUAAACUUGUGCCCAUCCCCUUGGAAUGGCUACGUAAUUGAGCAAGGUCGACUGACCUGCUUUCGCCUCGUUCAAAGCGAGGCGCCCAUGGAUUGGAAACAGGCGUACCAAACAUGCCAUCUUGAGAACAAUGGAACAACAGCUAAUGUUUCCAUGGCCACGUUUGAGCAUGGUGGCAAAGUCCAUGCGUGGAAUGUCGCGCGAAAUAGCAAACAAUUUUCCGAACUAAAAUCGGCCUGGAUCGGUUUGUCAUGGUCAGAAGCUAAAAAAAAAUUUUGCUGGGAGAAUUUCGAGAUCGACUGCUUGUUUGAAGACUUCAAUUGGCAUCCGUCUACCAAUUGGACAGCUGGUCACUAUGGCGUAAUGGAGGAAUCCUGGAAUUUAUUACCCCAAAACUCAGAACUUCGUUAUCAAGUCCUUUGUCAGGCUGUGAUCUACUUGAAUGUGAUCCAGAAUAUCAGAGUACGUUCUGAUAACAAUGACAUUAUACGAGUCGAAUCAAGCCAGGAAAUGUACCGGACUCCGACUCCACAAUUCUUUGGCAAUUUGUCACAAUUCUUUUCUCAGGGCUGGAGACCGUGGAUCACUGAUAGUUUACCGGCAGUAAAUGUAGGAAUGGACAUGAGGUGCUAUCUAGACGGACAACCGAUUAAAACCAUCAGUCUCUUUCCUGCUGAAUUUUCCCUUCGUCCAAGUUUCAAAAAAGCAAAUACUUUUAAUUGCGAAGGUUGGGUUGGCUGGCCACGUCGAUUCGUUCGAUCUGAGCCCAUAAUUGUCCUACGCCCCACGAACUCUUACAUAUACGUGAUGCUGCUAGACAGCCCCCAAGUUGAAACCGAAAAGAAAAAUAAUUCGAUAAAUUUCUCACCUGAUCCUCUAGCAGACGUAAGUAGGCGUUUAGAAAGGUUGGGCACCAACGGAACCACCGUACUAGUUACAGGUCAUCGGCGAUGGAGCAUUAAAAAUAAAACUCAACUUCUAGUACGAAUGGUAAUCACUAACAUUUCAUCAAUUCCACUUUUAAGCUGGCCAGAAAUUGCGAAGAAUGAAUUCCUUAAUCAACCAGCGGAAGAAGGCUAUCACUAUGAAGUACUUUAUGUUCGUGCUUCGGACGCGUGUCAGGAAGAAACUUCAACAGCGUUUGGAACUUCAAAGCUGUUCAAUAUAACAUGGGUUACAUCACCCAUUGGUUUCACGAGAGAAUCCUUAAACCCCUGUGAAGCUGGGGAUGGCUUUCCCAUUUUACGAAAAUGUUUAGGCACUCACAAUACCGGAGCCUUCUGGGAGCCUUUUACUAAUGAAUCACUGCAGUUCCAUAACGGUACCUGCAGAGAAGCAACGAAUGUACUGACAAAACUACGUCAACUGACAGACGACGUUUUUACCAACAAUACUAGCCCGUCUGGAGCUUUGGUUACAUUGGCUGAAAUUGCUGGGACCCGAUGGACAGACGAAAACAACGAUGCCAGUAAUAAUGUUCCAACCGGAGUGGAAUUCGUUGAAGCUGCUCGCCUCCUUCACGCUAGUGUACAGCGUAUUCAGCAGCCUUCGGUGCAAGAAUUUCAAGAUGUUUCACAAACAUUAACUGCUAUGCUAACUUCACCGAAUCAACUUGAGCUAGCACAGUCUUUACCAGGAGUAUCAAACUCUUUGGUGAAUAGCCUGGAACGGGUAAUGAGCCACGUUAACGUACCAAAAGAACAGGAUAGCGUGAUAUUCCAUCAUCCGAAAAUGGUAACUGAAUCUAUCAGGGAUCCGUGGAAUGUAGUGGGGUAUGGCGCCAAUCUGGGAGGAAAAGACAACUUGGAUAUUCAAAACGUGUCACAAAUUCUACAGAACAAGAUUGAAAGCAACUUUGCGGAAGAGCUUGUGCAUAGGGAUAUCGCCAUUAUUUUGCCUAUGGAUGAAAUUCGCAGAAGAGAAGGACUCAGCAAUGCCACUAGUUUAACGCUUUCUUUCAGCGUACUUUCCAAUGCUGACAUCUUUGAUGCUCGUCCAGUCACUGCUCUUUCGAACAAUAAUGCAUCUAUGUCCUUGGUCGUGGAUAGCCCAAUUAUCGUAGCCCAAGUAGGUGAUUCCGUCAUUUCCAACUUGAACCAAAGUAUUCGAAUUUUUUUCCGCUCACGAUCUCGACACAAUCUAUCAGUCCAACCAGUGUGUGUCUUUUGGGAUAAGUUCUCGUCCAUAUCGGGAGGUUGGUCUUCGUUCGGAUGUCAGUACGUCGGUAGAAGCCAGGAUCUGUACAUUUGCGAGUGCAAUCAUCUAACUCCACUAGCUUUAUUAUUUCCUUAUUUUGAUAAAGAACAAACGAUGGAUUACGGCCACUGGCUUGCCCUUAGUCUAAUUUCUGUGAUAGGAUGCAUUGCCUCGAUGGUUGGUCUUUCCCUCGUGAUACUGACAUUUUUGCUGUUUAGAAAAUGGCGAAAAUCUCUUGGUAACAAAAUUCUUUUUAAUUUCUGCUUGGCUCUAUUUUGCUUUACGGGAUGUUUCCUUUGCGCUGGUUUGGUAAAGUUUGAUUCCAGAAUGUGCAAAACUACCGCUGCAUCUAUGCACUACUUCCUUUUGGCUUGUUUUGCAUGGAUGGUGGUGGAAGGAAUUUAUCAGUACCUAAAUUACGUGGUAAUUAUUGGAGCUCAAAAUUACAAAUCACGUUUCAUGCGGAAGGCUAGUCCGCUUGCUUGGGGUCUUCCUAUAUUACCCGUUUUGGGGAUUUUCAUAUACGACCCCAAUCAGUAUGCAGGUGACGACAAUUUUUGUUGGAUAAAGCUCGAAACAUUUUACAUAGCUGUCUUGACUCCAGUAUCUAUUAUUCUUCUGUUCAAUAUUAUGAUUUUCGUUUGUAUCCUCAAGAGUGUCAUUUGCUUACGUAUUCGAUCAAACUUGAGAACUACACAAUCGAUGACGACGCGCUCGUGGUAUGAGUUUCGGAUGGCUGUUUGCAUUUUUUUCCUGUUGGGUCUGGCCUGGGUAUUUGGAUUCUUAUCAAUUGGAGACGCUAGGCUCGUCUUUGCCUAUCUCUUUUGCAUCUUCAACUCACUGCAAGGAUUUGCAAUUUUUGUCUUCUUUGUUUUUCGGGAGAGGUAUGCACGUACAUUAUGGUUUGAGUUCUCUCACGGAUUUGGGGAACAUAAAUCAAUCUCCACUAGUAAAACUCCGCAGUAUAGUGAUCCUUCAGACUCCACUAGUAAAACUUCGCAGUAUAAUGGUUUUUCAGACUAUGAGCUGAAAUCUGCAUCAAAAUACUAAUAUUUUAUCACUUCAAUAUAUUAUCAACACUUAUCCCCUAUAUUGUCUUUUUACAAGCUUAUAGUUGCCAUAUGUAGGUACCACAAGAAAUAUACAGAUGCUUGCUACUUGUUA